ACAAGUUACAACUUAAAGGUAUUUCCCAAUAAAAUUAAAACACUAAUAUUAACUUAAACAUUAACCGAAAUGGACAUCGUGAGUAAAUUGGAAAAGGAAAUAUUGGAAAUACGCAAGAAACUAGAAUGUAAAGAGCAAGAAUUGAUUGACGUAAAAGAAAAAAUGGGUACGGCACAAAUCAACAGUAAAAAUGGUGAUUUGGAUAAAACAAACAGUUUAAAAGUACAAUUUGGUGACAGCAUUCCAAAAUGGGCUAUUGAAAGAUACAGCCGACAGAUUCUUCUACCAGAUAUAGGUGUCUCCGGCCAAGAGAAACUGAUGAAGGGCAAACUCCUAAUUGUCGGGGCGGGAGGCCUAGGGUGCCCAGCUGCUGUGUACUUAGCGGGUGCUGGCGUUGGUGAAAUAGGUAUAGUGGAUUACGACACAGUGGAUAUAACAAAUAUACACAGACAAUUCUUACAUACUGAGAAAGAACAAAACAUAAGCAAAGCCGAAUCUGCCGCAAAUAGUUUAAGAAGCAUAAACUCCCGAAUAAAAGUCACUCCAUACAAAGUGCAACUGGAUUCGUCGAAUGCUCUGGAAAUAGCUUCUCAAUACGACGCCAUCUUGGAUUGUACUGACAAUGUGCCCACAAGAUAUAUGUUGAGUGAUGUCGCUGUUAUUGCUAAGAUACCGUUGAUUUCAGGAAGUGCAUUGAAAAUGGAAGGGCAGUUAACCAUUUAUGGAUAUAGGGGUCAGGGUCCUGAUGAUAAGUCGGGGCCAUGCUACCGCUGUGUGUUCCCCCGUCCCCCGCCCCCGGAAGCUGUCGGCAGUUGUUCGGCCAAUGGCGUCGCUGGGCCCGUCCCGGGGGCCAUAGGUGCGUUACAAGCAUUAGAAGCGAUCAAACUUCUAGUAGGUCAUACUCGAGACAAAUUAUUGGUCGAGAGAAUGUUGAUUUUCGAUGGUGAAGACAUGAGCUUUAGGACUGUGAAACUUCGUGCUCGAAAUAUCCAAUGUCCGUCAUGUUCAGAAAAUCCGACGAUCACAAAACUAGUCGAUUACGAAAUGUUUUGUAGCGCACAAGCGAAUGACAAGGAUCUCCAUCUAGACAUUUUGCCGCCAGAAAAUCGAAUAUCCGCCACAGAAUUGGCGGCAAAAAUGACAGAUAAUAAUAAUUUAGAUAAACGCCAUCUAUUGGUAGACGUUAGAAGCGAGCCGGAGUUCAACAUGUGUUGUAUAGAUGGCGCUGUUAACUAUCCCAUAGAUAAUCUGUAUAAGGAUAAUUUAAACGCUCUGUUGGAGGAAAUAAGAAAAUGCACUAGCCAUGUUACAUUCAUCUGUAGAAGAGGCAACGAUUCUCAAGUCGCGGCGAAGCGUGUUCUCGAUGUUAUCGAAGACAAACAUAAAAACAAAAUCAAGGAUUUGACUGGUGGCCUUCACGCGUGGUCUAAAUAUAUAGAUCAUGACUUCCCUGUAUAUUAAAAUUAUUAAAAAAGAACGUAUAUACUUAUGCAGAACACACGUGUCAGAAGUGAAACUUCUUACAUGAUUCAAAGAUAACAAAAUCGUCGCCUUAUCCAUGACGUGAUAGUUGACGCGAGCUUGAAGUUUUACUCUCAAAGCGCCUAAAGCAGUUUCACUACAAAAAUUGAUAAAAAUGUAAUGUUAUUGAAGUGAAACUUCUUUA